UCGAGGCGGCGAGUGUGAGUGUAGACAGAAGGGCAACGGAGGGCAACUUUUCCACCGGAACAUCCCAAAAAUUACCGUAAAUAUGCCCCAGAUCUUAGCCGAAGGGUCCCGACAAGACUCUCAGCCGACGGCGGAUCGACACGGUACCAGUGAAACGGCAGAAACCGGCACGGAGGGACAGGCCGUGGCGGACCCCAAACAGGAACCGGGCGACAACAACGAGAGCCGAGCAGGAAUGGAGGUGAAGCCGGACAAGCCCGAGCCGAACCCCGAGGAAACGGCUGUAUCCACCGGACAAGCGGGAGCCGACGGAGGGGAGGCCGGCGGAAAGCUCUGCGAACCGGGCAAAAGUCCCGUCCAGGGCAGUUUGGCGAGUAGCACCGAUUCCGCCCCAGAGGGCUCCCGGGUGUUGAAACCAGAACAAAGAGAGGGGGAGAACGGGUCCUGCUGUCCGCCUGCCGAGCGCACAAAGACCCAGGACAAAGCCCAGCACGGCGUCAAGAGGAGGGCCAGCGCGGACGGAGAGCCGCUGAGCCGGAUGGACUCAGAGGACAGUAUUGGCAGCACCCUGAUGGACAUUGAGAGUGCAGCAUCCAGUGGUCGCUCCACCCCUGCCAUGCUCAACGGUCACAGUGGGGGGGCGGGUGCUGGGAGUGGCUCUGCACCGUUGAAUGGCAAGUCCCUGAGCUACACCUGCUGUUGGGAUCAGUGUCAACUGCAGUUUCCCAGCAGCCCCGACCUGGCUGAACACAUCAGAGCUACACAUGUGGACGGACAGAGAGGAGGGGUGUUUGUGUGUCUGUGGAAAGGCUGUAAAGUGUACAACACCCCCUCCACCAGUCAGAGCUGGUUACAGAGACACAUGUUGACCCACAGCGGAGACAAACCUUUCAAGUGUGUUGUAGGAGGCUGUAACGCCACCUUCGCCUCCCAGGGGGGGCUAGCCCGCCACGUCCCCACGCAUUUCAGCUCUCAGAGUUCAUCCAAAGUGUCCAGUCAGGGCAUGAAGGAGGAGUCUCCGUCCAAAGCUGGUCUCAACAAGAGGAGAAAAAUCAAGAACAAGCACAGACGCUCCCUCCCCCGACCUCACGACUUCUUUGAUGCUCAGACCAUGGAUGCCAUACGCCAUCGAGCCAUCUGCCUCAAUCUGGCUACGCAUAUCGAGAGUUUGGGUAAUGGCCACAGUGUGGUGUUCCACAGCACGGUUAUAGCCAGGAGGAAAGAGGACUCUGGGAAAGUGAAGGUUCUACUGCACUGGACACCUGAAGACAUACUUCCAGAUGUGUGGGUGAAUGAGAGUGAGCGUCUGCAGCAGAAGACAAAGGUGGUGCAUCUGUCCAAGCUGCCCACGGACACAGCUGUGCUCCUGGACCCCAACAUAUACAGAAUGUUCUUCUAGACCAGACCUGAUCCACUAGAGACCAUGAUCCACUAGAGGCCAUGAUCCACUAGAGACCACUGUCACCUCCUGCAAAUCCAACCACUGAGGAGAACACUGCAUCCUCUCCUCUCCUCUUCUCUCCUCAUCUCCUCUCCUCGUCUCCUUGUCUCCUCUGCUUGUCUCCUCUCUUCGUGUCCUCUCCUCUCCUUGUCUCCUCUCCUCCUCUCUUCUCCUUGUC